GAGGGUGUCUCAAACCAAAACAACCAUCUCGGUCGCCUUUUGUUAAGUAAAACCACGGCAAGUAGUGAUCGUACCUUCCCGAUAGUGUUCCAGAUCGACUAGGAGUGUGCAAGAUGGGUGAGAGGAAAGGACAGAACUUGUACUACCCGCCGGAUUACGAUCCGAAAGCGGGUGGGUUGAAUAAAUGGCAAGGAACGCACGCACUGCGGGAGCGGGCCCGCAAAAUCCACCUCGGGAUUCUCAUCAUCCGCUUCGAGAUGCCCUACAAUAUUUGGUGCGAUGGCUGCAAGAAUCACAUCGGAAUGGGCGUUCGGUAUAAUGCGGAAAAGAAGAAAGUCGGGAUGUACUAUUCCACCCCGGUUUACCAAUUCCGCAUGAAGUGUCACCUGUGUGAUAACCACUUCGAGAUCAAGACCGAUCCGCAGAACCUGGACUACGUGAUAAUCAGCGGUGCUCGAAGGCAGGAAAACCGUUGGGAUCCCACCCAAAAUGAACAGAUUGUUCCCGAGACGAAGGAAACGCAGCGUAAGCUGUUCGAUGAUGCCAUGUUCAAGCUCGAGCAUGGAGCCAAGGAUCAGAAGGUCGGCGAAGAAGCCAAGCCCGUCCUGGGACGAUUGUUCCAGCGUAACAGCAGCGUUUGGAGGGAUGAUUUCGAGGCAAACAGUCAAUUGAGAGCCAAUUUUAGAAAACGCAAAAAGGAACUAAAAACCCAGGAGGAAAAGGACAACGCACUAUUGGCAAAGUCGAGUCUUGCUGUAGCUUUGCUUCCAGAAAGUGAUAACGAUCGUCGAAUGGCGCAGCUGAUGCGAUUGCACUCAUCCAAGACUAUCCACGAAAAGGAUAAAGAGCGUCGUACAGCUAUCUUAAAUCGUCCAGCCUUACCAUCGACUUCAAACACAAGGAUCAAAGCAGUGCCCAAACUCGAACGAGCCAGUUUAGGGAUUGUAAAACGCACACCUGAAAGUACUAGUACUUUGCCAGAACCUGGUAAAUCGGCUAGCGCUGUAGAGGAUACGGUUCCUGUUGGGCAAGAGGAGGAAAAACAGAAAUCGGCACAAAAAGGCGGAACAAGUGAUAAAGAGAAAACCUUGCCUAGCCUGCUAUUGUGCAACUAUGGAUCCGGAUCCAGUGAUACUGAUUAGCAGGCCGUAACAAAGAUACUAUCAUCUUAUAGAAUAAUCUAGUUAAAAAGGAAAAUAAAAAAUUUGAAUAAAACUAGU